AUGGGCAUCCCUGGCCUCUGGGAUAUCUUAAACAAGGCCGGCCAGUCGCGCGCCAUUGCGGAUCUCGCUGUCGUAGACGGCUUCGACCGCAACGCUUCGGGGAAGCGCACCCUCCGCCUCGGCAUCGACGCGUCCAUCUGGCUGCAACAUGCCACCUUUUCUGGCGGCUUCAAGGACAAGCGCACGGGCGAGAAGCCGGACCGAGGGCCAACGCGGAGCUGCGGAUGGCUGCCAGUAUCGCUGCUCUUCAUGUUCGACGGGAGGGAGAGACCGAAGACGAAGCGGGGGAGCAGGAUGGGCAAGAGCGGUGCGCACCACCUUGCGCGGGGCGUGAAGGAGUUGAUUGAGCUUUUUGGGAUGGAUUGGCGUGAGGCGAGAGGAGAAGCGGAGGCAGAACUUGCGUUUCUCAAUGUGCGCGGGUUUAUUGACGCCAUCAUCUCCGACGACGCCGACACCUUUGUCUUCGGCGCGCGCACCGUUAUCAAGAACCUAAGCCUCAACCUAACCGGGAACAAGUCUCAUCCUGCGAAAGACAAGAAAGGGAAGCCGAGCGUGCACCACGCGCACGUCUUCACCGCCAACGAGCUCAAGACCCACCCGGACGUCCAACUCACGCGCGGCGGCCUUCUCCUCAUUGCGCUCAUGUCACGCAACGACUAUGACGACGGCCUCAAAGGCGUCAACACCGUCACCGCGCACGCCCUCGCUCGCGCCGGCUUCGGCGACCAGCUGCUCGACGCCUACCACGCUCGCCCGUACCCCAACUGGGCGACGUUCACCGCGCAGUGGCGCGCCACCGUCAUCGCCGAGCUCCGCACGAACUCCCGCGGCUUCCUUUCGCGCGCGACGACCGGGCACACGGGCGGGGGCGCGCCGCGCGACAAACGGGCGAUCGACCUCGCGGGCCUCGCCGCGUUCUGCGAGAACCACUUUGACGAGUGGGGCGCGCGCACGCAAAUCCUCAAGCGAUUCAAGAACGUUUUGACGCCCGGCCUCGUCAUGACCGUCCUCAAAGCCGCCGCGGUCGAGGCGGACAAGCGUCACGAGGAGCAAUUCCUCGAGCUCGGCGCGCACCCAGGAGCCAUCCGGCUCACCACCCCACUGGGGCCCCUGCCUGAGGAGGGCGUGGGCACACCCGCGGCGCUCGUGCGGCGAUGCCUCCGGCGGCAGACGCGGACGACAAGGACGACGCAGGACGACGCCAUGGAGCGCAUCGCGUCUGCGUUCUUUGUGGAGAUCGCCAAUUCUGGCAUCCGCGGCAAGCACCCCGACCCCACCGGCAUAGCCGCCGGACGGGACAGCGACGCGGACGAGGAUGAGGACGAGGAAGACGGGGGUGGGACAAAGUCCAAGGACCCGAAGGCGAACACGCUCCUCUGGAUCCCCGCGUCCAUCAUGCGCCAGGUGCACCCCGAGAUCGUCGCGGCGUAUGAGGACAAAGUGAAGCAGAAGUCCCCAUCGAAGCGGCGCGUGGCCACCCAGUCCCAGCACGCCGAGGCUGGGCCUUCAAAUUCCCAACCGUCCGCGUCUGCAACGGCGCGGAAAGGGAAAGGCAGAGCCCGCGCGCCUCCCGCGGACGCUCUGGACGAGUACGCGCGUUCGUGCAACCCUCGGGCGUCGGCCACACCUUCCCGGGAGAACGUCGACCCGCUCGCAGCAUCGACCUUCCCGCUCGCGCUCGACGGCGGAUUCGUGUUCGUGUGGCCCACCCGGACGACCCGGACGGCCUCGUGGUCGAUACGGGCUCGCGAGACGACCUCCAGACGCGCGUCGCAUACACUCAGAUCGAUGUCUUCGGACUGGCAGAGUACCGACCGUACCCAGUCGAGCAUAUGCCGUCGCAGCGGCCGCAGACUCAGCCCCAGCCCCAGCCCUCCGCCUCGGCGUCCACAGCUUACCAACGGGCUGCGCCGCGAACCCGCAGCACCCGCCGGCGGGACGAUCGAUGAGUUCGACCGCAUCCUCGGGGUGCCCGCGGGCGCCGGGCCUGCCCGCCGUGGUCGCGCGAAGGCUUCGUCGGCGUCUCGGGGUGUGCAACGCACGGUCCGUGAGCCCGCGGCGAAGCGGAGGAAGACGAGCGGAAGACGAGCGGCGGGCACGAGGGAGUGGGCGCUGCCGCGCGAUACUUCGUCGGAGGAGUCUGAGGCCGAGAGGCCGGUGCAGGCAGCGCGGGGAACGCUGUUUCCUGUCCCACUCCAGUCCAGUGCCCGUGCCAGCGCCAGCGUCGGUGCCAAUGUCGGUGCUAGUGCCAGUGCUAGUGCGAGCACUGCUGGGACACGGCGGCGAGAAGCACGCUCGGUCAUUGCCGCGACGCCAGCUAGGGUCCCUCAAGGGUUCCCGGAUCUCGAAGAGCUGGACGCAGAGGACCGAUUGGCUUUCAUCGUCGCAAAGCUCCGCUCCCCCAGCCUCGUCCCAGUCCGGCCCGCCAACAACCCCGUCGUCCUCCCAACCUCUUUCCCAGUCGUCCCCGCUCGCUCGUCCCAGAAACGACCGGUGCCGGACGACGACGUCAUCAGCCUCUCCAGCGAUGCCUCUGAUAACGAGCGUCCGGCUACGCGCGCCCGCACGCUAGGCCCCGCCCACGACACGAUGGAUAUGGACAUGGAGUUCAACGGUGACGGCUCUCCCAUGCCGUAG